AGGCGUCAUUUUCAUCCCUGGCGUAAAUCAUACGACCGCAAGCGCCCACCUUCCGGGAACUCGGGCGAGAACCCGCAGGGUCGGAUCCCCGAUGGAAGGAAACGGGCCAGCCCGGCUCCGCCGAGGAAUAUCUUUCUCCGCCGAGCGCCUCCUGGGCGCGCCGUCGCCUCACGCUCCGCCGCUCGAUCCCGCCAGCGCCGGCACCUCCUCCGCGGCCGCCGCCGUCGCCGAUGAGCUCACCGAAGACGACGUCUUCUGGACCGGUGGCUUCGCCGCCGACAGCGCGCAGCACAAUCACCAGCCGUCGUCGUCGUCCUCCCUCUCUUCCGAUCCACGGCAUCACCUCCGCAAGGCGUCGCCGGUCGGUCCGUCGGAAAGCUUCGGCGUCCUCGCGGCCCUGCCGGAGAACGAGCCCCGCUCCGUUUUCAACCACAAGGCGUCAAUCUCCUCCCCCUCGUCUUCUUCCGCUUCGUCCUCGGCUUCGUCCUCGAGAAUGAUCUCAAUCCCGACGGUUCCGAAGCCUCCGCCGGAGCGCCUGUUGCCGGUUGCUUCGUCCAGUUCUGGCUCGAGGUAUCACCGAUCGGCGCCGGUGAACGUGCCGGCGUUCCCGACGUUGAUGUUGAGGAGAUGUGGCGAACUCGAUGAGAUCGAAGAUGAUUAUGACGAAGACGGAGAGGGAACGAUGUUGCCACCGCACGAGAUUGUGGCGAGGAGUUUGGCCCGGUCGCCGAUGAUUGCGUGCUCUGUGCUUGAAGGUGCCGGGAGGACACUCAAGGGGAGGGAUCUGCGGCAAGUUCGCAACGCUAUUUUUCGGCAAACAGGAACACUAAAGCUGGUCAUUCAAAAGAAUAGAAAGUGAUAGAAGGUGAAAUAAAUUAAUUUUCGUUCUAGGUCUUUUGUUUGAAGACAAAAUGAUUGUUGAUUGGAUGUUCCCAAAUCCUUGUGGACAGCUUUUGCUCAUCAUGUAUUGCCUUGCUGGUGAGUCAGGACACUAAAAAUUAUGUGUAGUCCUUAUCAUGUCAAAAAUGUCAAAAUUGUUUUUAUGGGAGGCACCGACAAUAUUAGUUAUCUUUCUCUCUCUUUUUUCCGUUCCUCAGCCAUUUUGUGGAUGUGGCACUGGCUGUUAUGAGGUUAUUUCCCGGGGCAAAAUGCUUCCGCAUUGCCUGCUUGCAGUUAUUGCCUAUGGCGCUUAUUGAUCUAAGGUGGCUGGACUACUGCUGUGGAAUAUGGAUAUUGGAGACUGGUAGUUCUGGUGUAGCUUAUAUGGAGCACUUUCUCCUGUUUGGCAGAUGGAUGAAACUGUACAGUUGUCACAUUUAUUAAGAGUUCCUGUUUAUUUUCAUCUUUCAGCAGAAUUAUGCUGCUUUGUUUUCUUUGGCCAAGACUUGUGUUUGAGGAACUUGAAAGUGCAGAAACGCACUUAAUUCCACUCUGAAAUCCUGGUAAUAGUUUCCAUCUAUAGAGAAUCGCAACUGGAUUGUGCGGUUGAAUUUCUGGCCUAACAGACAGAAUGUAAUUGAAGAUUUCGUGUUGCCCUUGAUAUUGAGUGAUUAUUACUAGAUACUUGUGGAGGGCAUGUUAAUAGGUUCUGAAAGGCAAACUCCUCCUACAGUGACUUCUCUUUUGAGGCUUUGAAUUCAAUGCGGAUGGUGCUUUCUCAUGUGAAUAACAAUCAAGAUUCUGUUUGUCUGAUCGACAUCUGACCA